AAAGUGGAAAGAUGCCAUCAAUUAUAAAAACUGAUAAUUAUAAUGAUACAUCUGAUUACUCUUAAUAUUAAAUUUUAGAUAAUUUAGAAGAUCAAAAAUAAUUUAUAGAUGAAUAUACAGAUGAUGAUGAUCCAGGAUUUGAUCUUUAUGAAGUCCCUGAAAAGGAGUUUUUAAGGGUAGCUUAAUAAUUAGCUGAAAAAUAUGAUUUUCCAAAAAGAGCAUGUGCUAAUAUUCCUAAAAAAGAAGGACAUGAUUACCAUUAAGAUUACCCAAGAACUAUCUAAACUAAUUCAAAUUAAGAAGAUAGUUAGAUAUUAAUAAAAGAUUUAUAAAAACCAAAUUAAAUAAAAGAUGAAGAGAAAAAAUAGUUAGAUGUUAAAAAAAAUGUAAACCAAAAAAAAAACAUUUAAUUUAAUUUUUUUUUUUAAAUAAAUAUAUAAAAAAAAGAAAAAGGCAUCAAUUUAUUUACCUGAGCAUAUAAAGUUCCCUUAAACCAAAGAUGAGUUUUAUCCAGUAUAAUAUGAUAAAGUUAUUUAUGAUGUGUUUAAUCUAAAAGUUAUAUUUGAUAGAGAAAGAACAGGAUUUGAAGAGACAAAAGAUUUUCCAAUUGUAAUAAAUUCAAUUAUAGCUGGUAGAUAUUAAGUAAUGGAAUAUUUAGGAAGUGCAGCUUUUUCAAAGGCAAUUUAAUGUUUAGAUUUAGUUACAAAUAAGGUUAUGUGUAUGAAAAUUAUAGAAAAUAACAAAGAUUAUUUUGACUAAAGUAUUGAUGAAAUAAAACUUUUAAGGUUCAUAAAUUGUAAUGGAAAUGUGGAUGAAAAGAAUGUUUUAAAAUAUUAUGAUUAUUUUUAUCAUAAAGAACAUUUGUUUAUUGUUACUGAAUUACUUAAAGAUAAUCUUUAUGAAUUUUAUAAAUUCAAUAAAGAAAACGAAGCCACACCUUAUUUUACUAUUGGAAGAUUAUAAAAGAUUGCAUAUUAAAUUCUUGUUGGGUUAGAAUAUAUUCAUUCUUUAUGCCUUAUACAUUGUGAUCUUAAACCAGAAAAUAUAUUGAUGAAAUCUUAUUCAAAAGCAGAAGUUAAAAUUAUUGAUUUUGGAUCAAGCUGCUUUAUCCAUGACCAUUUAUCUUCUUAUGUUUAAAGUAGAUCAUAUAGGGCACCUGAAGUUAUUAUUGGAUGUAAAUAUGAUUAUAGAAUUGAUAUGUGGAGUCUUGGAUGUAUUCUUAGUGAACUUUAUAAUGGUUAAGUUUUGUUUUAAAAUGAUAAUAUUUAAGGAAUGCUUGCUAGAAUUAUUGGUAUUAUUGGACCUUUCCCUGAAUGGAUGAUGAAAGAAGGAAAACUUGUACAUAAUUUGUUUACAAGAGAAAAACUGAUUUACAUGGAAGUAUUUUAUUUUUUUUGUUCGAGUAUAUAUUAAAAAGUUUAAAAUUAAAAAAGCUCAGAAAUAAUUAAUAAAUAAAAAUAAAAAUCAGGAAAAAUAUAAAUUUUUGUUCCUAAAAAAACCAAUUUGAAAUCAAGGUUAAAAAUUGAUGAUAAUUUAUUCUUAGAUUUUCUCAGAUAAUUAUUAUAACUAGAUUAUACUAGAAGACCGACUGCUAAAGAGGCUAUGAGUCAUCUUUGGUUUUAAAAAGGUAGAUAUUAAGAUGGAUUAUGAUUAAAAUAUAAUUUUAAUAAUUAUUAGUAUAUAACA